ACCACUUCCGCCCUGCGCGUUCCAAGUGCUGCGUCGCAGUAAACCGCGGAGAGAAGUUUGGUUCGGUGUUUUGGCUGGUCGAGCAGCCGCUGAGCGCCUACGUCUGUCGCCAUGAUCUUCCUGACGGUAAUCGCUCGGCUGGCGGACGGUCUGCCGCUGGCUGCGUCCAUCCAGGAAGAUGAACAGUCAGGAAGAGACCUCCAGCAUUACCAGAGCCAGGCCAAACAGCUGCUCCGGAAACUUGAUGCUCAGAGCCCGGAGCGCUGCAUGCUGGAGGCUGGAAACAUGAACUUCUGUUACUUCACGUCCCAGGGUGUUUGCUGCCUGUGUCUCUGUGAUGCCUCUUUCCCUAAAAAGAUGGCUUUUGGGUACCUAGAGGACCUCCACAAUGAAUUCUUUGAGCAGUACGGAAAGAGAGUCCCUGCAGUGACAAGGCCAUACUCUUUCAUAGAGUUUGAUACGUACAUCCAGAAAACAAAGAAGUCAUACGUUGACAGCAGAGCUCGGAGGAACCUGAGCAGCGUCAGCACGGAGCUGCAGGAUGUCCAGAGAAUUAUGGUGGCAAAUAUUGAGGAGGUCCUGCAGAGAGGAGAGGCUCUUUCUGCUUUGGACACCAAGGCCAGCAACCUGCGGAGCCAGGCCGAGAAGUACCGCAUCGACGCCAGGUUCCUCAACACCCGCUCCACCUACGCUAAAGUGGCUGCCGUGGUUUUGGUCUUCAUCACGCUCAUCAUCUAUGUGCGCUUUUGGUGGCUUUGAUCAUUGAACAAAGACUCUGAACAAAGACCCCUCUCUGUGGUGGAGGAAGACCUUUCUUCUCUUCUGUAGCUUUAGGUUUUGUGUUCAGUGAAAGCAGAGCUGUCGGUGUUUAGUUGGACUUUUCUUUUGUAUGGAGACAAAUGUUCUACAGUGGACCGUUGUGGUUGUUUACAGAGGCAGAUGUUUGCACAAUGGAGGUGGAGCUUCUCUGAGUUACACAACAGAAGAAGAAGAAGCUUCCAGAUAAUAUGUUGACACUGUGAGGAAAACACUCUGGUUAAUUUAUAUUGUUUUGAAAAAAUAAAAGAUUUAACAAACUAUCAUG